CACGCUACAAAAAAGACGUAAACAGGAAUUUCGCAUAAAUAAUAAUUAUAGUUUCUCGAUAAAAGACAAAGUGCAGUCAAAAUGAUUAUACCAAUUCGAUGCUUUACGUGUGGCAAGGUGAUUGGUAACAAAUGGGAGUCUUACCUGGGCUUGCUACAGGCCGAAUACACGGAAGGUGAUGCUCUCGAUGCGUUGGGAUUGAAGCGCUAUUGUUGCCGUCGCAUGCUGCUUGGACACGUGGAUCUUAUCGAGAAGCUGUUGAAUUACGCGCCACUUGAGAAGUAAUCCAAGUUCUGGGUCAAAUAUGGGGGAAAUACAAACUUUAGAUUUUAUUGUAAAAACAAAUUAAAGCUUCAUCAAAAA